GAAUAUUUACUGUGCAUACAAUAUCAUUAUGCCAUUUUAAAAUUCAAUUAUUUUGCUUUCAGAGACUUUUCCAAUAUUUGUCGUAUCGCAGCGGAUUAAAAAUAGAAACCUGGGCAGAUGCAGCAGCCUUGUACGAUAUUUUGUCUAUGGAAAAGAUAUACAAUUUAAUUAUUCCAUCCUGGGCUAGGCAAACCUGGGAAGAACUGGAACGAAUAAACGAUAUUUCAUUAUAUUUUCCCACAAAAUCCAAAGAAUAUCAAAGACUAAAAGCAGCGCCUCUCUUGGUUCACAUCGGAAAAUUAAUGAAGAAAAGAAUUGAGGGCGAAGAGAAGAAAGUGUUUGUGUAUUCUGGGCAUAAAAAAAACUUGGCUGCAGUUCUGAAUGCAUUAGAUGUGUAUAACAGAAAGGAACCUCCAUUCUGUGCAACGCUCGUAUUCGAAUUGUACAAGGAACAUGAGAACUACACAGUUCGGCUGUUAUUCUUCAACUCUACAACUCCAGAGAAUGGCAACCAAGAGCCCUUUGUGCUUAAGCUUCCUAUGUGUGAUGAAUUUUGCCCGUUCAAAAGGUUUAAGAACAUGAUCGUAAAUUUAAAUCCACCCCAAAAUUGGGAAAAGGAAUGUGAAAUCUAAUAUUAACUGUUUUUGUAAACUGAUAUUGUCCAAACCUGUCGACGAACUGGUUAACUUCGUAAGUUGUCUUUGCGAAGAAGGGAAAAUAAUUUAUUCGUAACUGAAAUCGGAGAAUAUUAAUUUUCAAGAAUAUGAACUUCCUUUGAUUUGAAGCGGAAAAGUAGCUGAUAAUCUCACUAUCAUUCAUAUUUAUAUUUUGUAAGACAAGAACGUAACGUACUGCUUUUUAAACAUUUGUACUCUGUAAAUCAUUACAUAAUGGUACGAAAGGUACAAAUCAGAGUCUUUGGGAGUUUUUGUAUAUGAAAUCAUCAAAGAUUUUAUCUUGCACAAAAGUACAUGAUCCAAGAAGAUGGGACAGACAAUAAUUUCAGCGCCCCAGGAGAUGUCCGCGGUGGCAAUUUUUAAUAUAAUGGUACCAAGAAAAGAUUGAAUUUAUGAGUUUACUUGCAUAUUUCUUAAAAUAUGUAGAAUUAAGCUCCCUUUUAAAUCUAGAGCCGCACAGAGACUUGUAUAGCUCAUUACUUAACCGACGCAGCAAGAACCUACACUGUGUUGUCUAAAUUACUACAUAACGUAAUACUUUAGCUUUUAUUAUAAAUCUCAGGAAAUAAAAUAUGAAAACAUUCA